AUGAUAGUAAUCACGAUUCGUUUAGUUGGUGAAAAAGAUGAUCGCUUAUUCGAGGGUUUUGAAAUUGACAAUGAGGUAUUAUUUCAAUGUUUAUUCCUUUUGACAUAUUCAAUUUUUACAUUUUCAGAUUUUAUACAUUGAUUUGAAGAAGGAGAUUCAAUCUAUCACAAACAUUCCAAUAAAGUUUCAACAACUCAAGUUCCGUGGUGGAAAUAUUCCCAUGGUUGAACGGCCAAUUCAAGCAAUCAAGUUUGGGGAAGAAAUUGUUGCCGUAAGUUGGAUUUCUAUAUUGUUAUUUGAUCAAUAGACUUUUAUUCAUCAAAUAUUUUUAAAUAGUUUUCGAGAAAUCAGGAUUGAUCUUGUCAGGUGAUUUUUCGCAAUUUCGCUGUACAAACACCGCAAUUUGUUAAAACAUUCGGACACUAGUUUUUUCUCAACGCUUUUCUGAAAUUUGUGAAAAUAUCCAAGAAUCCAUUUUUGAUCGUCGGUCGAGAAAACACCAGGAAUCGAGAUUAGAUCAUAUAAAAAGUGAAUAAGGUCAGAAUCAGCAUGAGAAAUAACCCUGAAAAUGUUUUCGGACAAUUUUUGUGAUUUUUAUGCCAAAUUGACAAAAACCUAAAUUGUAUAUCUUUAUGCACGGUACUCUAAUUAAUUUUGUAACAUUGCUCUUGAGAUAUUGUUUUUUUAGAAAAUAGUGUAUGUUAGUCGUUUCAGAUGCACAUUGAUUUACCAUGGUGGGAACAGUAUUAUAAAUUUGCAAAUAUUGUGCUGAAGUCGGGCGGCGAACGUAUGAAAAAUGCCAACGAGGCCGUGCGAAUUUACAAGAAACUUCUGGAGAACGGUUUUUUUUCGGUUUACCACAGCUUCAACCUUUUUCAAAUGGAGAAACAGCAUAUUAUUGAAUCAUGGACAGAUGGAAAUGUCAAAUUAAUGAAAGAAGCAACGAUGAAUCAUUUCCUCCAACAGCAUUACAAACACGGAGCCGAUGAUGAUACGGACUUUUCUUGCCGGUUUGAAGUUCGUCCAAAAGAUCUUGGUGGAUCCCGCAAAAACACGCUUGCAUUCGUGAAACUUCACGGACAGAAAGAAGAAACCAAGUUUAAUAUCAAGUAAGAAUUCCAUUAGUUCACAACUCUUUCAUUAUUAGCUUUUUUUAGAUGUCAUCACUUUGGAUCAUCAAACAGCUCUUCUCAAGGUCAAGUUCCAGACAUCAAAGAGAUCUUUUGUUAUAAGUUGCUGGAGUUGAUUCACGUGGGGCCACCGGUUCAAUUUAUCCUUCCAAUCAAAUCAACUGGUAGCAAAACAUCUUUGUAAGAAUAAUUAUUCUUUAUUUCCCUGAUUUAUUACAUAAACUUAAAAAUUUAGGUACAUCGCCACCCGUUGGAAUGACAAUUUCAUCCCCCUUUCCAGAAACACUGAAAAAAUAAUUGGUGUCGAUAUUCUUGUGCAGAUUCUAUUACUUGGCACUUUCCUUUUCGUGGAUGAUCUUCAUUCUGAAAAUUGUGGUCAGUUUUUUUUUUGAAAAAUUUCAACAGUCAGAGAAACAUACAAAGAAAGUUAUUCAGGGUUUUGGAAGGACACAAAUAAAGUGGCAAUUGUGGAUUUUAUGCCCAAAUCCUUUUUUACAUUCGCUAAUGUAGAACAGAGAUUCUUCAAGAACGACGCGUCUGUCUACUGGGACAUGAAAUACAUUGAUGUGUUGGAAGCGUGCGAUGAAGAAACUCGUUUGGAAGCGGCAAGACAAAGUUUAAAGAAGUGGGAUCUGCUAUCAAAAAUCGACAUCGCCUAUGAUGAAAUUAAACAUAAGAAGGAUCGUUUGAAAAAGCAAGAACACAGUCCAACAGAAGAACUUGAAAAAUAUAUAAGCACCAUCAAACAAAACAUAAAUAACCUCACUGAGUACUUGAAAGUACGCGAGUAG